AUGAAGGAGCUCAAGACAGAAAGACUUGACAACGCAGGUCUGGUCGAAACACUUGAGUUUGAGCUGCAGCUCAAAAAGAGAGAGCUUGAGCAAGCUCUUGUGCCAAGCGACCGGCAGAGGGAAGAGCUUAGAAUCUUGGCCAAAGACUUCCAUCGCAUGCGCAACAAUAAGGACGUGAUUGAGAGAAAUAUCGUCAUUCUAGACGAAGGUGAUAAGAAGGAGAUAGAGAGAUGGAGAGAUGCGUGGUUUGAAGUGGAUAAGCUGCUAGAUAACAAAAUCGCCAAAGAUGCAGCCGCACUGUGGAGAGGAGAAGAGAGCAACGAGUUACUAGGCAAGAGCAUGAAGGUGGAAGAAGAAGCAGUCCACGCCUACGCUCGCGAGAAGCUGUAG